CAAACCUAGGGCACAUCACACGAUAAUCGGAAGGACCGACGUACGUUAUCAUCUAAAUUCUAUCCAAGUUCUAUCCGGGUGACGAAUUCCCUGGAGCCCACAACCUCCAACGAAUAGCCAUAAUUCAUGGAAGAGUGGAAGAGCGGGGUAUUGGAAGAGUAGAAUAGUGGAUUCACUGCCGACGGCUUUACCACUUUGGCCGAAAUUCCUAGCUAAUUCUGAUAGGUUUGGCAGAUAUAAAAAUAGCAUUGUCUGCACACCUCCGAGCCAUCAUUUCUGAAUUCUCUUGCCGUAACUGGUAUUGUAGUUUUCCUAUUUUGCCUUGCUCAAAAGAAGAGGGACGUUUCAAAGACGAAAACAUGGCAUCCGCUCCUAGUAAGAUACUGCGAAUUGCAUCUGCCUCGGGCUCUGUGACGGACCGCAGGCAUGGCUUUGCUGCUCUUGCAAAAGAAGAAGUUGUGUCAUUCAUUGUCGGCGAUUGGAUGUCUGAAUAUAAUAUGACAACAAGAGGGGCCGCAAAAGUCAGCGGAGCGGCAUCAUCCGCUGAAUUCGAAGAGUGCUUCUUGGAGUCCAUAACGCCAGCACUUCCGGAUCUAGAGAGAAGGGGAAUUAAAGUGGCUGUUAAUGCUGGCGCCAGUGAUACAAAGAAACUCUAUGAUACUCUAUAUAAGAUUGUUCAAGAGAAAGGCCUUAAACUCAAAAUUGCCUGGGUUGAGGGAGAUGAGGUAUCCGACCUCGUACAACAGGGCUUAGAAUCUGGCGAUUCCUUUCAAAGCUUGACGACAGGCAAAGGCAUUUCAGACUGGGCCUUUGAGCCUAUCUAUGCACAGUGCUAUCUUGGCUCAUGGGGUAUUGUCGAGGCUUUCAAAGAGGGAGCUGAUAUCGUGCUUUGUGGUCGAGUUGCAGAUGCUUGUCCCACCAUUGCUUGUGCUGCUUACACUUAUCAGUGGGGCAGGGAAGAUCUGAGCCAGCUUGCACACGCUUUCGUUGCAGGUCAUUUCAUUGAAUGUAGUACUUACGUUACAGGAGGCAACUUCACGGGAUUUAAAAGUCUUCCAGGGAAAUCUCUCAACCUUUCAUUCCCGGUAGUUGAAAUUGACGCCGAUGGCACAUUCAUCGUUACAAAACAGUUGAAAGGCGAUGGCAUCGUAAGCGUCGACACCUGCAAAGCGCAACUACUCUAUGAGAUCCAAGGCCCGUUCUACUACAACUCUGAUGUUGUUGCCGAGCUGAGCAAUAUCAAGAUCGAGCAUGCGGGUGAAAACAGGGUCCGUGUUACCAACGUUGGUUUUAAGAAAGCCCCACCAACCACCAAAGUUGGAAUCACUGCCAAAGGUGGCUUCCAGGCUGAAGUACAUUACUUCGGCUGCGGCCUUGACAUUGAAGAAAAGGCGGCACUCCUAGAACGGCAGAUUCGCCAUCACCUGAACGAAUCUAGCUAUCACACCCUCAAAUUCCGAGUCAAUGGACGCUGCCCUUCCAACCCUUCCAGUCAAGAUUCAGCGACUGUUGACUUCCGCAUCUUUGCACAAUCAAAAGACGAAUCCGCGCUCUCUAUAGAGAACUUUUUACGUCCAUGUACCGAUGUGAUCAUGGAAAGUUAUCCAGGCGCGACUUUCGCUGUUGAUAACCGACAAGCAUUACCAAAGCCAUAUUAUGAGUACUGGGUUGCAUUACUCCCGCAAAGCGCCAUCAGACAUGUGGCCCAUAUGCCAUUCGCCAAUAAAUCCGUUGCAAUCCCGCCGCCGACAGACACUGAAGACUUCCUCUAUCAGCAGCCCAGCUACGAAACCGAGAAUCCUCUGCCAUUUGGAAGCUGGGGCCCUACAACUCUUGCUCCUCUCGGAUAUGUUGUUCAUUCACGUUCCGGCGACAAAGGUUCCGAUGCUAAUGUAGGGUUCUUCGUCCGAAAUACUGACGAAUGGGACUGGCUUCGAUCAAUCUUAACAUUAGAAAAAAUCAAAAAUCUCCUUGAAAAUGAUUAUGAGGGUAAACCCAUCGAUCGAUUUGAGUUGCCACAUAUUCAAGCGGUACAUUUUCUCCUGAAGGACCAUCUGGAUCGUGGCGUAUCUUCAAGCUCAACAUAUGAUGUACUAGGGAAGAAUUUAGCCGAAUACCUUAGAAGUAAACACGUCGAGAUUCCAAACAAGUUUUUGGAGAGGGGCCGGAUUUAAGAAGAUUUCGCUGUUGUAGCCGGGAAAGGAACCAUUAUUAUAGCUUAGCG